AUGUGGACGGCCACUACAGUCGCUGUUAUUAUUGUCAACUGCUGCACAGCACUACGACAAGGACGAUCGAUUGGAACUGUGGAUGUGGGGGCGGCGAAAGCCGGAAGCGACGGACCGUGCAGCGGUGAUCGCAGCAUCAGUAGUACCAGAGAUGGACAACAGCUGCGGCGUCGCUCCGAUCAUUACACACAGACCCUGGGACAUUGA